GACGCGGUCUGCAAUUUCCUCGAGAUUCUUCUGGCAUGGAAUGACCAUCGAUAUUGAGAACUGGGUACCCACUAAUUAUUUUUGUGUUUUGCAAUAUUUAUGUAAGCGAUACAAAGGUUAAAAACAACUGAUUUCCUACAGAUCAAGAAAUGCGUGAAAUGCCAGAAGGUUGGAAAGCCUUUGUCAGCUCCCCCGUCGUUACAGUUUGUUAAGGUAAAUAUUUUCUAUAGUAUUACAUAAGAAAUAUUACAUUCAUCUAUUAAAAUAAAUAUAUUUGAUUUACAUUAGGUGUCUGCUGCCUGGGAGCUUGUUGCGAUUGACAUUAUAGGCCCUUUCCCAGAGACAGUGGAUGGUUUUCAAUACAUCUUGACAGCCACAGAUUACUUCUCGAAGUGGGUGGAGGCUUUUCCUCUGAAAACCAAAUCUGUUGCCGAAGCGGGACGGCAUAUUUGCUCGAUGAUCUGUCGAUAUGGCUGUCCCAAACGAAUACUUUCAGACCAGGGCAAAGAGUUUGUCGAUCAAGUAUGUGAACUUCCCAUUUACCAUUAUUGUAAAAAUGAUUUAGUAAUCUGCUAGUUUAUUUGAAUUUUCUAUUCUUGUUUCCUUCUUUUAUUUAUUUUUUUCUAUUCAAAGCUCAACGACCAGAUGUGCAGUAUUCUGGGAAUUGAAAGAAGCGAGACAGCUGCAUAUCAUCCACAGACAAACGGCCUGGAUGACAAAACCAAUAACAACAUCAAGAGGCAAGUUUAAUUCAAGUUGGGUUUUUAUUAGAAUGUUGCAGUACAGGUUUCACUUUAAGCAAUGUUCUUCUUACAUCUCUGUGUAUGGGUAGAGCUAUAAAGUCUGAACGAUUUCAGAGUGUUCUAAAUGUGUUUAUCUUGCUUUUUCUUUUAUUCAUUCAAGAGUUCUCACUAAAUUGGUGAAAGAGAAACAAAAUAACUGGGACGUGUGUUUGGACGCUACAUUAUUUUCUAUAAGAUCAAAGGUCCAAACCACUACCAAAUAUUCACCAUUUCUUUUGAUGUACGGGAGGGAGGCCGUUUUCCCCGCGGAAGUUCCUGUUGACAUGCCAGUGAGUUUUUGUGUUUUCUGUCACAGCUAUGGAAAAAUCGUUUUUUCUAUAAUAUAUGUAAGAAUUAUUUAGUAUAUGCAGAUCUUACCUGGUCCUGUCUACUUGCUUUAUUCAACACAGGUGGCACAUAACAUUUGAUAGCUUUUAUCUGAUCAAGUUUCCAUAGUAUUUAAAGAUUGUGUGCACAUGUAACUAAACAUAUUUUUUUCUUUAUUCAUAAGUGUUUGAAUCUUGAUUCAGUUCUAUUUAUUUUCCCUUGAGAACUGUGUGACUGUACUACAAAAGUUACUUUCAUUUCAGUCAUGUUAAUUAUUUUUUUUCCAGCUUUCAGCUAUCUCUCUACCCGAGGAGCAAAGUUAUACUAAGUUCUUGGAGGAAAGGGAAUCCUCAAUGGAGGCGAUAUUAGAAGCAACAUUGGAAAACAUUGCCAAGUCGCAGGAAAAGCAGGAGAUGGCUAAUGCGAAAAAAGCUCAGAAGCAUGAGAGUCUAAUCUACAAUCUUGGUGAUGAGGUUAGGCUUUAUAAUAUGAGUUAGCAUGGUAGAAAAGGAGGAAUGAUGCAGCCUGAAUUUUUUCAGAAUACAUAGAGAAUGGAGGGCGGGGGUGCACUGGUCGCGGAGAGCACUGUGCGCGCUGGGAUAGUUUGAGAAUGCCUUGGGUGAAACGCAUCAGUGUUUGGUUUUUUUUGUGGGGGGGGGGUUUAACGUAUUGAAUUGCUUUUAUAAUUGCAUUUUAUUUAUAAUAAAUACUUUGUUCAAGUAUUUUUUUCCUGUCCUAUAGUGGCAGUACUGACAAGUAGGUUGUAUCUUCAUCUUAUCAACAAGAAGCUCUGUAAUUUAAUACUAAAUAUUAAUUGUAAUGGAGCUCUCUGUACCGCGGCUGGAUACCGCCACCAAAGGACCGUUUCCUAGAUGGAACAGGGGAAAAAACCUCAUAGCUUCUGCCCCCAGUCGCCGUGGCUUGACUGGGGUCCUGAAACAUCUCCGUCCUGUAGCCAAAUAGCUCUAUCCACUCCCAGGGACUGUUUUACAGGAUAUAACACAGGCCACCUGCAACGAUAAUAUAUAUAUAUAUAAAGGAGCUACACGCAAGAGCCACAAUAAACAUUUUUUUAUCAUCAAGCGUUGAUGUGGUCUCUGUGUGUGUGCUUUUGUUGUCAGCAUGUGUCAUGGUCUGUAAUACAGAUCUACUUUUCUUAGGUGGCGGUGAUGUUGGCACAGGGUUAUUUCUGGAUGUCGAUGAUGUAGUCCCUAUAUAUAUAUAUAUAAUUAUCGUUGCAGGUGGCUUGUGUUAUAUCCUGUAAAACAGUUCUACUUUUCUUAGGGAUUGGUUGUAUAGGAACAUUUACAGGGGUAAUGGAUUGUUUCACAGGUACAUUUGAUGCUACAGUGAAAUGUCGACACCCUGAUACAUUAACUGUUAAUGUGACUGCUGGCUUACCCUGUGACGUGUGUUUUGUUGUGGUUAAUGACUGUAUUUGUAGAGGCUCCUUUGCUACACAUGUCGCACUAGAUGGACGCUGCCUUAAAGCCCCUGAGGUAGAUGUUGACGGUUGUUCGUCGUCACGUGUGGCUGGAAUAUCUCUUGUAGAGCGGCUCCAGGUUAUAGACAACUUUGAUACUGUAUUCAAAAAUAAAUGAGUAAAUUAAUACACCGAUGUACAUACAGGUAUAUUUAUGUAGUAAAUUAAUAUACAAAUAAACAUACUAUAUUUAUGUAGAAUACAAAUAAACAAAGAACUCAUACGUAUACUUGCCCUGUUUUAAUUUAUGUGGAUUGCAGUCCCUACGUUCUCCGGCAUUCGCGCAGUACAUCUCUGCACAUGCACGCUAUGAACAUGUCUAUUUUUUAACCCACGCAUAUAUUGCCACACAAAACGGGACACUAAACGGUCAUUUUGUUUAAAUUCGCUUGUGAAAUGGCUUAAAAGCUCUUUAAAAGCAACCCCUUUGCACAUAUGAUGAAUAAAAAAAAUACAGAAUUCCCCACAUACGGUAGACAGAGUGCUUUGCAACUGAACAUUUUGAAAGUAUAUCUGUUUAGCAUUUAUUUUUUUUAAAAAAAACAGUAUUUCUUUAGGGAAUAUUUCACUUGUCGUUGCUAGUCCAUACGAAUCAAAAAAAUAUCCCUGUCUCUUAUCAAUAUAAACAGCCAACCAGUGCUCCCCGGAUAAUGUAUGUGGAUCUGUAUUGAUAAUGAAUGCCGCUGGUACGCUGUCCAGUUUAGAGGUGGGUAGUAAAUCACACGGAAACACGCCAACAAAUAUACCUCUGGAAUAUGGGUCGGUACGUAAAAUAUGCGUUAUUUCUAAGGUGUUCAUGGUUGGGUUUUAGAGAAAAUCAUAAAGAACCUCCCUUCUUCGAUUAAUUUCAAUAAUGUUUUCAAACAGUCCAUAGACGAUCAAAUUUACAGUGCGUUCCAGGGCCCUCGAAAAGCGUAUUUCAGCCCUUAGGUUACCGCUACAUAUGAGUGAAAAAUGACUACUGCAUUCCUGAUCAGGCGAUAGAUCAAAGGCUAAUAAUGUAUAUCCAUCCACAAAUUCUACUCUGUUAAUUAUAAUUCCAGAAUCACCGCAAUUCUUCUGUGCCAAUAAUAAAAAUGACAUAUUCACACACUGCGUUAGAAUGUUCAAAAUCAGAUUGAAACGCCUUUGCAGGUAUUUGUUCACCAUCUAGAUAGAGAGCCGCAAAAUUCACAUUGUGGUGUUUGAAACGCAAGGGAUUUCUGUCGUAAGCGCCUGAAAAGGCUUCAUUGUCGACAAACGCUAAAAUGACCAGCUUAGGGAUCUGCCCCAAGAAUAUAUUUUCCUGAUUGCAAACAGGACUACCUGUGGGCACGCUGAAUACUUUCAUACUAGCGCGCUCUAUGGCAUAUUUAGCGUUGCCGGUUAGAAGUCCUUGCGCGUGACCUAUUCGCACGGCCGGUGAUAUCUGGACUCUUUUAACAAACAGAGACACAUUUAGAAUUUGAAGUUUAAAUGGCUCGGGGUCUGCGGACAUUAAACAAAAUGUGUCUUUAUUUCUGGUAAGUUUUAUUUUUAAAUCCAGACCGUUCAGAAUCCGUUCCUCCUUAAAAAAUAGAUGGCUAUGUAGAUGACCAAGUAUUUCAACAGUCUUACUGCGCGCUGUCAUAUGUGCACGCUUUGUAACGCCUUUGUUGUCACCGUCCAAAACUCGGUCUUGAUGUUUUCCCGCAGUAUCCUUGUAAAAUAAUCCGGCAGUAAACUGAGUUGAUGAUAAAGCAUCAGCUCUGUAAUUGAGAAGUGUUUCAAUGUAGGCUCGGUAAGCAUAGAGAUUAUUGGAUUGUGAUAUCAGCCUGUCCCCGAGUGUAACAUCUAGGUGAUUAAAUAGUGUCGCUAUUGGGUAAUUGAUUAGACUCACUCGUGCUCCUUCUGCAAUAGGCGUAUUGUCGUUUUUAACAAUUUUACACGUAAUGUACAACAGUGUGUUAUUCAAAUCAAAAUAAUGUUCACCGCUGCUUGCUAUGUAGAACUCGAGCGGUGAAGUUUCCGAAAUGGCUGCCAACGAUUGUACUUCCACAUACAGACUUUUUUUCUAUGCUGGUCUGAGUAGGUUUUAUUUUAAAAAGAUCCAGUUCUGAUUUGGCGCAUUCUCCGGAUGCUGAAUGGAUAAACGACAUGACAGCUGUUCAAAAUAUGUUUGCGUUCCUUUGUGAUACUCUUCUCUUCUUUCUAGCAGGAGUACAAGCCUUUUUGUUGUAUGUGUACGGCAUACAUGCAGGAAAUACUCCCGGUCGUUUCCGUUUCCUUUUAGGGGUGUUUGUACCUAUGUAUACUAAACCUGUGCCGUCCUGGGGUUCACCCACUAUUUUAUUCAUCGCUGCCGUUGAAACUCCUACCGACAACGUCCUUUGCAAUGUUCCUAGACGCUGUUUUCACAUGUGGUUUCACCAAUUCUAAACCGCGCCUGAACAAAGGCACGGUUCUCCGCGACCGUACAUAUACGUACUACCAUGAAAUCCCGACAGCCCCUGACCGGCCUGUGACUUAGAAUAAGCGCUGUAAAUGUGUGGUUCUGCAUAGGUUUUAACCACAACCAUUUUUUAAUUAAUAAAAACUUCCACGCCGGGGUCGAAAGUGUAGCUUAACGAUAGCCUUCCCGUAUUUGAAUGAAACGUUUCUGUUCUGAUCGUUCUUUAUCUCUAUUGUGAUGUUGUCAAAAUGGUAUUUACUGACUGGUAUGUAGUCAGGUUUGAUGUCCCGCUGGGUAAUAAUUUCCUUGUUACUGCCGGUAAUUUCUACUGUACGUAACAGCGGUACAAAACUGUCGCCUGCACGCUGAUGUUCUAUUAUGUCUGUAUAAACGAAUAAGGUGUAAAAGCUGUCUUUUUUUUAUAUCCGCACACAUUCUCCCUGUGACGUUUGGCCUCUCGUGAAUAUAAUCAAUACCAAGAAUGUGCGUCAAUCUGUCGCUGGCAAUGAACGUAUGCGUACCGUUGAUAGAUACCUUUCUCUCUAGUGAAUCAUAUUGUAGCUUUAUAUCCAUCGGCGGAAAUUUGUAACUUUCAAUCCUUUCAUUAAUACCCGACACCAGAUCUUCAAUAGCAUUAUAAUAUCCAGAUUUUACACUAAGCCAUUUCGUAGGUCCGCCUGGUAACCCCACAUAUAUUAAACCAUCAGAGGCUUCAAAAGUAUUCCAUGUGUGUGGAUAUUGUAUUUCUGUUAAACCCACUUCCCAUUCGCCUGUUAAGAUAAUCGGAUUGGAUAUUUCAUUUUGAGAGUAUAUUCCGUGUAAAGCGUUACUAGGCAGCGUUACAUAAAAUGCUGUGUCCUCCAUAGUUGGAUUGACAAAAAGCAGUUAACCACCCUUUAAACAACACAACUAUUGAAUGCUGCUGGGUAACCUAACCAUUUAACGUAGUACAAUGUUUUACCUUUGUCGAUCUUCUGUCUUAAAACUUUUUCAAUUCUGUAAACGCGGUUGAAAUUUGGAGGUAUUUUCUGUAUUCAGCGUAGAAUGAUCCUUCAAUUAGUUCGCCGUUACAAUCUUUUAACAUAAAGAGGGGUUUUAUACCUCUGGUAUUUGAGUCCACUACAAAUAUUUCAUCAGUGAAGGUCUGCUCAUUCCUUUUACGAUUGAAAUACUCCCCGUAAAUGUUUUCAUGCGUCACUGCUGCAGGAGCGCACCGGAUUGUUCUGUGUACUGUGUGGUUGUAGCUAUAUAUAUCAGAUCAGCCAGAAUAUCUACAUAGCCGAACGUAUUGCGCGCUGUAAAAUAGCGCCACAUUUUAGUUUUUAAUGUUCUGUUAAAACGCUCCACAAUAGCGGCCUUCACCGUAUUAUUUGUUAUAAAGUGUAUAAUCUCAUAUUUUUUAAAGACUGUUUUUACACUCGUUAAGGAAUUCUUUGCCUUUGUCAGUUUGCAACUUUUGAGGUAGACAACCCGUUGCAAAUAUAUUCUGAAAAGCAGCAGCAACGGUUUUUCCUGAUUUAUUCUUCAAAGCCACAGCCCAUGCAUAUUUUGACAGCACAUCUAUGACGGUCAGUAUAUAUUUUAUACCAUCAUUUUGCUUAGCAAAGUCAAUCAUUGACACAAGAUCAGCUUGCCAUUGUUCGUCAAUAUUAGAGACGCAAAUCUUAUUGCGCUGAAAUUGUCGCCUUGCUGGCCUGUGUAAGUGUCCUGAUCUGCCAGCCAUUCUUUAACAACAGUUCUUUUUAUGUUAGGUUUUUUUUUAAUUGAGUUAUAUAAUUUAUCAAUACCACCAUAGCUACCUGCUUCUCUUGGUGUGUAAUAUAUUGAUUUUAAUACUGAUUUAUUAUUGCUGUUGGGCAUCAUGAUUAAAGAAUACUAUUCAGCUGGUUAUCUUGUUACAGCUGUCACCCUGAGAUCCCACCCUUGGUUGUAAAUGCCGGCUGUCUGUCAACAAUCAUACUGUACCAUGUAUUUAAGGAAAACAUUUCAGUUGUUGAUUUUGUUAUGGCUGUCAUCCUGGGAACCCUGUCUUGGUUGUAAAUGCCAUCUGUCUGUCAUUGCUCAUCUGAACACUUAAGGUUUUUAGAUCUAAUUGCAUUGCCAUACUUGUCUAGUAAUAUUGUUACAUGAGUUACUUUGGCAUUUAUUUAUUUCACAGAUUUAUAUAAGCUUGCCCUCUAAGUUUGUUUUCUACUUUAAAAUCAGGCCCCAGACAUAUCUUCCAAAAAACAUGUCCAGAUGUGUCCCCCUUUAUUCAGUGAUAUCCCUCCUCUAAAUGAAAUUUAAGUUUUUGGCUAAUCAAUAUCGUUAUACGAGUUACUUUGGCAUUUAUUUAUUUCUCAGAUGUAUAUUAACCUGUCCUCUGGGUUUGUUCUCUACUUUCAAAACUGGCCCCAGACACAUCUUCCAAAAACAUGUCCAGACUUGUUCUCUUUAUUCAGUAAUAUCCCUCCGCUAAAUGAAAUUAAAAAUAAAUUUAAACAUCCAACCAUUGGAUGUAGUACCUCAUAUAACCACAUGGUGGCACACUCUAUGAACAUUGUAAAGGGUUGUGUUUAUAACACGCCGUUGGCGUGGUUUCAAUAAAUCGACAAGGGCGGGCCAUAAUGUGCAUUGGGUGUGGUUUAAUAAAAAAGGGAUGGACACUGAUCAACGCGCAAUGGGUGGGGUCAUAUUGUGCAAGGGGCGUGGUUUCAUGAAAGGGGCUGGGCAACCAUCACUGCACAGGGUGGCAGAGACAUAUUGCGCAACAGGGCGUGGUUUCAUCAAAAAGGGUCGGGACGCCUGUCAUUGCGCAAGGGGCGUGGUUUCAUAAAAGGGGCAAGGCACCUGUCAAAAGUUAGUUUGAUGACUUGCACCGCUACUCAUUACUUAGGACUCCCAUAAACACACCCACAAAAUGUCCCCAAAGUGCAGUGUCACCAUGACUCGGGCAUAAAACAUGAAAAACACCUCAAAAUACAUAUUUCCCACAUAGGGGCCCACACAGUCUAUAUAUCCCUGGAUAGCCUGGAUCUGAGCUCCCAACAUAACUGAAAAGCGCUCAGAUCCCACGAACACUGCCGAAAUGCUACCGGGAUAAAGUUCUGACAGGCCGCACACAGUCCUAUGCUUAAAACUGUUCCAGGGUGUUUGGUGAUUUUGCUAAGAUGGCCGCCAACACGUGUUCGUGCAUACGUGUUCGUGCAUACGAACGGCGGCCACCCAGCAGCACAAUUAGAAUCCACGAUGAUAGGUUAACAAGCACAGAGGUGGUCCACAGUUCAUGAGUUGAUUCGGUUCCUGAACAGAACAAAUAAAUCCCACGAACCAAGUCUUUUUAUAAGCUGGUUCCAUGGCCCAUAGUUCUUGGGCAGGAGGCUGGCUAGCAGGCUCCUCCAGGAGCUUGUGACGAACGACCAGACCAAAGGGCAUUCGUCACAUAAAUUUAAUUACUGCCUGCUUACCGCUUAAGUACCAUCUCCCCCAAAAUUUACCAGUUCAUCUUGUCCCAUUAUCGGGAUUGACAGGUACCUCUUUCAAGUCUGUGACACACAGGAUGAUGCCUUGGGGCAAUGGUCCGAAAGCUCCCCGAGAGGCCCGACUUCUGCACUCAGAGUUAUGGAGCAAGCAUGGGCAGUGAUUUUUGUGUUCCACUGAAGUUCCGAUCGCGCUAGUGUGCAUGCACAGAACUGAACUUUGAUUUUGGUGUUCAUUUCAAUUUAGAAAAGCCUAUUUAUACUGUACUAGAUCUUGCUGACACCAAGAGGGUUUUGUCAGCAUAGGUACUCAUGCUCAUACAUUCAUAAAGCUGAUAAUAUUCUCCUCUUCUGAAACUGCUUUUGGGUGCAAGGUGCUUCAAGCUGUUGCCUAUUAAAUUUCCACACUGUUACUAUUUAUUGGGAUCUUGCUAUAUCCCACUUGUCAGUCCUGCCACUAUAUGACCUGAAAACAGAAAUUUUUACUUAACGUCAAUUCCUUUUUCCCUUAAUAAAGUGGCAGUUCUGUUUCCCUCCCUAUCUUGGUUACUUUUUGCAGUUCGUGGUUUCCGUGUUUACUUGUGUAUAACUGGUAGAUCUUGGGGUAGAUGGUAUUUAAGCGGUAAAUAGAUAGUAAUUCAAUUUAUAUUUAAUAUUAAAUUAGAGGGGGUUUUUUGUUCACAGGGUUAAGAUACAACCCACUUGUCAGUACUUUCACUAUAUUAAGGAAAAAAAUAUUAUAAAUACAGCAAGGAAACAUUUUUUUGUUUUUUUAAUAUUGAGAUAAAAUAUAUAAUUUAUUUAUAUAUAUAUAUAUAUUACUUACACACACACAAAAAGAGAUGCACUCCAAGGACUUAAGUGAAAAAAGGGGUAAUUAAUUCCAAUAGGUAUUGCAUCAAAAUUUAGCCGACGUUUCGACCCAGUCGGGUCUUUCUCAAGGUCCAUGUACCUAGCUAUAAAAGUUAUAUAUAGGGAAUAAGAAAAUGUACUCACCAAUCGUGAAGAAACCCCCUGAAUCCCUUCAUGCAAACCCAGAAGUGAAAACCUGCAGACACGUGAUGCAUGUGUGAUGACAUGGUGUUGCUAAGAUACCGAUAAACACAAUUAUAAGAUCGGUAUAAUGGUCUCAGGUAUGCAUACCGGGUGUGCAAGUGAAAUGCAUAAUAACGGUUUAUAAAAUGUGUAUAUAUGCUAUCACAUUAAAUAUGUUGAAAGUGCAACGUGCAUAAAGCAGGAUAAAUAUGAAAAAAAUGUGAACGAAAAUGAAAAAAGAUCAUGAUGUGAUAUAUAGAAUGAAAGGUGUCACUUUGUGCCCAAUGAAAGGGUAACCCAAAGUAAAGUGUGUUAAAAACAUUUCACAUACCAUAUCCAGAUUGCGGGCACUACAUAAGAUAUUAUAUAGUGAUUAUAAACUAAUCCUUUUUACAGAGGAGAAUUAAAGCUACUAAGGUAAAGGCUCAGAGCACAGAGAAGAACCGUGGGCAUGCAAAUGGAGAGGACUACAUCAAGACACAAAUACAGCAGGUCAUAUAUAUGCCACAAACAAAAUAUAUCAAGUCAGAAUACAUUCUGUAUAAAUAAUCAUAGUCAGUGCAAUUAUAAAGAUCUUUUAGAUCAUAGAUCUCAUAAGCUCACAAUACUAAGACUGAAGCAAUCGGAAAAAAAAUAUUUAAACUGAAAAAGUAUAUACAACUUAGCAAUAAUUUUUUUAAAGAAAACUAGGGUGAAUGCCAAGAAACAUUUUUUGUAUAUGUAUAUGUGUGUGUGUGUGUGUGUGUGUGUGUAUAUAUAUAUAUAUAUAUAUAUAUAUAUAUAUAUAUAUAUAAUAUUUUCUCUCAAAUUAGAACAAGGAUGCACUCACAGGUCUUUCCAUAAAUUCAGUGGUGUUUAUUGGAACAUAGUCAUAAAAAUAACAUUUCAACGUUUCGACCCGUUUGGGUCUUCCUCAAGAUAAUUUGGAAAUUAUGGACAGAGGGGUGAGUGCCAAGGUGUGUCCAUAAUUUCUUUCUCCAGCUCUCCCUCCCAUCCGUGAUGAAAAACAUAGCAUAUUAUAACCAUUAAACAUAUUUAAAUUUACACCAGUCAGUUGUGGUGUGCUGGAACCGACAAAGCAGUAGGCCUGUAAUAAAAGUGGGCAAAAAGAAAAAUACCAUACAACAUUUAUUCAUGUAACAAAACCUUGUUUUUUUGGACAAGUCACGAAAAGCUUGCCUUAACUCUUUAACUGGGUUUGGAAUGUAAAGAGUAUAGGCGCAGGAUUUCCAGCGUCCCAUAGCCUUGAUGAUAUGAGCUGGAAAGUGGUUGGUGGAAACUGAAGAUGCUGCCCCUAUGCGGAAGGAGUGUCCUGAGAAAAGGCGUGCAUUUAGGCCGAGCCUUUUUAACAGUAAGCAUGAAUUGUGAUGUUGUAAGGAUGGAGCUGUGACGUUCUAAUAAGGGUUGGUGUGGUUGUUUCUGGACAGUGAUGAGAUAAGUAUCCAGGACUUUUACAGGGCACCAUUUGUUUGGAGUAGGGAACAGGGUAAUUUUGACUGAUGCAGGGAUAGAACAUGAUCUAGGAUUUUCUGGAUAUCAGAAGUUUUCAGGUAUUCAGUGGCAGUUAUAUUUCUAGUGAUAAAUUCAUUGGGGUGUAAGAACCCAUAGAAUGCUAGGUGUAUGGCAGUUUUGAUUACCAUAUUGGUCAUGUGUUCGAAAGGAGCUGAAUCUAAUAAGUCGGAUAGCGAAUGAAAAAUGUUGUUGUGAAUGGGUAGCCUUUUAGAUGGUACGUGUGUAUUAAUCUUUUUGAUUACUUUCAGUAAGGUCUGUAUCGGAUAUGAUGAAAGGAAUCCUGUAUUGUUGGGGUGUCAUAGAAGCAUGUGGUGUUGGAUGCCCGUAAUGUACAGUUUAAUUGUGUUAAAUUAUAAUUUUAAGUUAAGGUGGCAAAAAGAAGUGAACCCCAAAAUAGAUUCCAAAGCAAACAUGUCAAGAACUUGAAACCCGGCUAUAAAUUUAGUGAAGAUGUGAAAAGCCCUGUCGUAUGAUUUCCUAGUGUUGACAAAGUGCAAGGUAAGAAAUGUGAGGUGUGUGGUUUAACAAGACAUUUAAUCCAUGAGCAUGUCUUGGAAUGGCGGGGCAGGGGUAGCCAGUCUGGAAGCGGUGGGCAGUGUCUGGAAGAAAGCCUGAAAACGAAACCGAGACAAAUGGUCAGCUGAGAUGUUUGUGAAACCUGGAACGUGAAUACAUGUGAUAAAAAAGUGGCAAGUGGCCGCUACCUAUGUGAGUUUCCUAAACAGUCUCAUGAUGUCCAAAGAUGAUCGGCCUUUAUUCACAAUGUGGCAAGUGGCUAAGUUAUCUGAGUGACCGGACCAUUUUGGUCCCCAGGCAAUGGCAGCUGCCACGAUUGGAUACAAUUCAAACAAGGCCAAAGUAGCGGAGAAGCUGGGCAGGGACUUAACGUCUGUAGGCCAUGACCUCCAAAGCCAUUGAUAUCUCCACGUGGCUGCAAAACCAGAGUUUGCUGCAGCAUCUGUCCAAAGGGUGGGUGAAAUGUCAGAGAGGGGGGAAAUAAACAUGGCUCGCCCAUUCCAAGAUGUGAGGAAAAAGCGACACAUGAGUAAAUCAGUGGUUACGUGAGUGUCUAACGUGACGUGUCUGUGGUGAAUCGUAAGAAUAAAGAGAGUAAACGGGAAAUGAAGGAUCUACCCUGCGGGAUGAAUCUCAUGGCAAAACUGAGCGACCCCAGCAGCGAUUGAAGUUCCUUGCGGUUGCAAGAACCUAGUUGCAAGUAUUGUUCAAUGUUUGAUAGGGUGCGCUCAAUCUUAUCAUGGGGAAGGCUAGAUUGCAUGUGGAUUGAGUCCAAUUGGAUCCCCAGAAAUUGCAUGCAAGUGUCAGGACCUAAGGUCUUGUGAUGGGAGACAGGGAUGGUCAGGGACUCAAAAAGAGCCAACAUGUGUGUAAGGCUGCUAGGGUGGGAGUGCGUUGUUUCAAUCGUAAGGAAAUCGUCCAGGUAGUGAAUAACAGAUGGACAUCUGCACACAUUAAGCAAUAACCAACACAAAGUUUCAGCAAACGUGUCUGGCUUUUUUGCCUUCUUUUGGAUCAACAGCAAAAAACAAAUGUGAGGAAGGCUGAACUUGAUGGACGCAAGUCUCUUUUCAGCUUUGUGAGUUGUUAGAAAAAAUAAUAAAGCCCUUGCCACUUAAUGCCGUGCAGAUGCCAUAGUGAAGGGUGGAUGGGAAGUAAUUUAAAAGCAUUUACAAUGUCCAUUUUACUGAGCCAUGCACCUGUACCAGCCGCCAAAAUGGCCCAAAUGGCAUUGUUGAUAGUGGCAUAUUGUAAGGAAUAUUUUUCGGAUGGUAUAAGGGAAUUAAAGAUUUGAACAGUGGAGGAAUGUGGUGCUGAUAAGUCUGGGUUUAAGUGAAAUUUUUCCUGUGACAAUCCCUAUGGGGGUUGGUUCUCCAAGAUGUGAAAGGUGGGGAAAAACCCUUGCUCUACCUCCUUAUAAGUGUACAUACUAACUCUGGUUCAUUUAAAGUGGUUUGCAAAUUGUUGCAUUCUAGUUUCCCGGUUGGCAAGUGUACUAAACCCGUGUGGAACCCCUCAGACAGUCCUUCGAUGAUAAAUUUAACCAAAUGCUGUGAGGGAUGUUGUUGCAACAGUGCAGCCAAUAAUGUGACGUUGAUGCAAUUGUGGGAAGGUUUAGGGAAAACUUUAUUCAGGCACAUGGACUUUGCAUUAACCGUGAAACAAUGAGAACACAUGUGUAAUAACCUACAUGGACUAAAACCACAAGUGCCUGCAAUAAAAUUAUUGCAAAUUUGAGAUUUGCCCAGGAACACAAUGUCCCUUCCCAGUUUAUCCUUAAGGAUUAUGGUAGGUCUUGCUGAGUUCGGGACAGAGUGGCCCUGCUCAAUUUCUGCUCUAUUAGGGCAGAAGUUUGUACUAUGUGCAGUAGAUGCACAUACUGCACAAGCCGGGGGUCUGAGGCCUGCAAAGUGUCUGCAGAAUAACCCAGUGUCCAGCUUACUCCAAUUUAUGCUGUAAUUGAACGGAGUCAGAGUUGCAGCCACCUUUGCAGAGAAGGAACAGUGGUAGUCAUAAAAAGCAGUAUUUGUGCCCCAGAUCCACCAUCUUGUGCAUAUAAACGUCAAAUUCCUCUCUUUUCUCAGGAUAAACCAAUUAAUAUACACCUCUAUAAAUCCUGAAACCCAAUACAAAUUCAGGAAUAAAUCUUUUUUGUUCAACCCUGGGGUCUCGUGCCCUUAGAACCACUGAAAUGUCCCCAUAUGCAAAUUUCCUGUUCUCAAGAAAAUCCUGGGAGGCAAUAAGAAGUGAGACAAGAUAAACAUCCUUGCCCUCCAGAAUGUCCUUUUUAAGAUUAGCUGGGACCAUGUGCGAGGGGUUGAUACUCUCAGGGACUUUAAUUGAUGCCAGAGUAUUACGGGCAUAACAGCCAUUCCUGCAUUAUUAGAAGUAACUGGAUCUGCAGGAACCUGGGGAGAACAUACUGCUUCCAAUUUUACCAGUCUGUCACUAAUAGUGCCAAUGGAUGACAUUAAAGAUGUCAUCAUGGCACGAAGAGCUGGCAACUGAGACCCACUAGGACCUUCCCCAGCAUCAGAGUUGUUGGUGUUGGUGCUCAAACAUCUAAACAACUCUGCUUUCCUAGCAGUAGCUGGGAAAGAAAUGCAUCUCCUUCGUAGUUCAGCUGACCUCAGGAAGCUGGACUAGUGACAUCAGCUCCUUGGGCGGGAGUACUGGACCUAGCGGGAGUGCUCGGAAGGGACUGCUACUCAGGAACUUAAAACAUAACUGAAAAUAUAUAGAUGCAACUUGAUUAUUAUUCUGGGACAAAGCAGCCGGGUACUGGCAGGCUAGCUAGAUGCCAAGCAGCGAAAAAAUUACUAUUUGAAACGUGAUAGAUGAGUCCCUUCUAAUUGCCAAGCAGUGUGAGAGGCGCUAUCUAUGCGUUGGCCCGAGGGGAGAUUGAGGCCACCGAAACGUUGUGGCAGGGUGUUGGCCUCUCGAUGGUAACUAAAGCAUAAGAUAGAAUGGGAGUGACAUGGAAGGCCCUCUCUAUGCGACCAUGCAAGGCGGCUAACUAUGAUUUGGGCAGAAGGACGAAUACUUCAGAGUAUGAGGAUGGGUGUUGGCCUCGCGGGACCACUAACAUAUGGAUUUAGACCGGAAACUGAACCUAGUUGGACAAGCUAAAUGUCAAAAAGCCAGUACCACUUUAAAACUAGAAAGCUACAGGGUUAUGACGUCGUACCUGAUAACGUUUGAGUCAGGACGAGAUGCUAUGCAGUAAAUAUGAAUGAGAGGGUGGCAGUAGAUAACGUGCUGCGACCUAUAGAUAGGAUAUGAAUGAGUAGCUGUGCGUAUAGAUCUGUUAAUGGGCCCGAAUAAAAAUAAAGGAACCUACCAGAUACUAUUGAUGAGUAACAAUAUGACAGAGGCAGAUGAUGAGUUUGUCGUGCUUGUAAAGCAACAGUCUGUAUGAUCAGGGCACCUAAGGAAAGCGAGAAGUUAAAUGCCUACUAAAUAACUCUUAUACUAGCAAAACCUACAAUAGUAACUUUAAACCAAAUUACUAACCUAAUAAGGCAAAUAUUUUUGACAAAGUUGUCACAAAUCAAAAUUGUUUGCAAAUCCGCAAUCAAAGUUUAAUUCCCGUAAUGAAACCUGUGGGAAUGACAUCCAGACAAGUCAGUUAUGUAUAUAUCAAGUAAAAACCAAAGAAAAAAGUUACCUGCACUCUUUCCCAAAUCCCCAUGUACAGGGAGUGCAGAAUUAUUAGGCAAAUGAGUAUUUUGACCACAUCAUCCUCUUUAUGCAUGUUGUCUUACUCCAAGCUGUAUAGGCUCGAAAGCCUACUACCAAUUAAGCAUAUUAGGUGAUGUGCAUCUCUGUAAUGAGAAGGGGUGUGGUCUAAUGACAUCAACACCCUAUAUCAGGUGUGCAUAAUUAUUAGGCAACUUCCUUUCCUUUGGCAAAAUGGGUCAAAAGAAGGACUUGACAGGCUCAGAAAAGUCAAAAAUAGUGAGAUAUCUUGCAGAGGGAUGCAGCACUCUUAAAAUUGCAAAGCUUCUGAAGCGUGAUCAUCGAACAAUCAAGCGUUUCAUUCAAAAUAGUCAACAGGGUCGCAAGAAGCGUGUGGAAAAACCAAGGCGCAAAAUAACUGCCCAUGAACUGAGAAAAGUCAAGCGUGCAGCUGCCACGAUGCCACUUGCCACCAGUUUGGCCAUAUUUCAGAGCUGCAACAUCACUGGAGUGCCCAAAAGCACAAGGUGUGCAAUACUCAGAGACAUGGCCAAGGUAAGAAAGGCUGAAAGACGACCACCACUGAACAAGACACACAAGCUGAAACGUCAAGACUGGGCCAAGAAAUAUCUCAAGACUGAUUUUUCUAAGGUUUUAUGGACUGAUGAAAUGAGAGUGAGUCUUGAUGGGCCAGAUGGAUGGGCCCGUGGCUGGAUUGGUAAAGGGCAGAGAGCUCCAGUCCGACUCAGACGCCAGCAAGGUGGAGGUGGAGUACUGGUUUGGGCUGGUAUCAUCAAAGAUGAGCUUGUGGGGCCUUUUCGGGUUGAGGAUGGAGUCAAGCUCAACUCCCAGUCCUACUGCCAGUUCCUGGAAGACACCUUCUUCAAGCAGUUGUACAGGAAGAAGUCUGCAUCCUUCAAGAAAAACAUGAUUUUCAUGCAGGACAAUGCUCCAUCACACGCGUCCAAGUACUCCACAGCGUGGCUGGCAAGAAAGGGUAUAAAAGAAGAAAAUCUAAUGACAUGGCCUCCUUGUUCACCUGAUCUGAACCCCAUUGAGAACCUGUGGUCCAUCAUCAAAUGUGAGAUUUACAAGGAGGGAAAACAGUACACCUCUCUGAACAGUGUCUGGGAGGCUGUGGUUGCUGCUGCACGCAAUGUUGAUGGUGAACAGAUCAAAACACUGACAGAAUCCAUGGAUGGCAGGCUUUUGAGUGUCCUUGCAAAGAAAGGUGGCUAUAUUGGUCACUGAUUUGUUUUUGUUUUGUUUUUGAAUGUCAGAAAUGUAUAUUUGUGAAUGUUGAGAUGUUAUAUUGGUUUCACUGGUAAUAAUAAAUAAUUGAAAUGGGUAUAUAUUUGUUUUUUGUUAAGUUGCCUAAUAAUUAUGCACAGUAAUAGUCACCUGCACACACAGAUAUCCCCCUAACAUAGCUAAAACUAAAAACAAACUAAAAACUACUUCCAAAAAUAUUCAGCUUUGAUAUUAAUGAGUUUUUUGGGUUCAUUGAGAACAUGGUUGUUGUUCAAUAAUAAAAUUAAUCCUCAAAAAUAAAACUUGCCUAAUAAUUCUGCACUCCCUGUAUAUUUAAACAAAUGGAUGUUUUUAGUUACCUCCAAUGGCCAUGGGAGGGUAUGCCCACCUGCCACGUGAAGGCAGACCACGUAGGUGGGUCUUAACUCUAACCAUUUACCUUGCUUCCUUGAGCUUCUGGCAAAGAUAUCUCGGAGACAAAAGUCCUAUAACAUAAUAAGUUCAAGACAGAAGUUAUAUCAGGGGCAGAAAUUAAAUAUUUAAUAAAGACUAACACAUCUAUUUGAAUAAAUGGACAGAUGGUCCUACCUCUAGCUGUGUAUAAGAAACAGAUUAAGACCAUAACUAUAGUGGGUAACAGUUAUCUAAAUGCAAAUAUAUACCUCAAACAGAGGAGGCAACACUUGUUGCUCACCUGCAGCCGAUGAUCAAAGGGAGAAUCAAAAGGAACCAUCUGAGAAAAUAUAUUUGUGUAAAAGCUAGUCGAAUAACCAGCUGUAAACAUAAAAUGAAAAAAGUGGUAAAUGCCAAAACGCAAACAAGCUCAAAAAAUUCUAGAGGUCCUAUUACAUAUAAAAAACAUAAAAAACAAGAAAUACAAUACAACAAAUACAAAUAGGCGCGCCCUUUAUUUCUUGUUUAUGUUCUAAUUUAUUUCAGGGGAUAGAAGGGUAUUUCCCCUUUUAGGUGUGCUGCCUUUACACUAUUAUAUACUUUCCUAGUGGUAUUACUAGCGCUGAUCCUAUCUUGAUCUCUUUCCCUAUUACAUAUACCCGUCGUGUAGUCACCCAAACUAUCCCAGGGUUUUCAACAUGAAGGACCCGUAACAGAUGCCAGGUAGCGGACCCAUGUGGGUCAAAGUGUAGGCGGAAAAGAGGAUCAGGCCAUUCCUGGUCUAAUGGAGUCACUGUAAGGAGCCCAAGGUAUAAAUAUAGAUAGAGAUUAAUCAAUGCUAGUACUAUUAAACUGAAAAAAGAAAUUCUAAAAAGUGCUUUAGAUCAUAAUCUUCGUUCAGCCCAGAGGGUGACAGUCUCUAGGAUACUGAUCCAUUUGGUUUCCUUUUGCAGUAGAAGUUUGUCUGUCCCCGCCCCUCCGUAUGGGUGGAACUCAGUCUAUGACCUGAAACCUUAACUGGUUCACACUAUGGCCAUGAGAUCUGAAAUGUCUAGGCACCAGAGAUUCAAUAAUGCCUCGUUGUAAGGCUGCCCUAAUACUCCUUUUAUGCUCUCCUUUUCACUCUUUUACCGGCCAGAUGGUCUCCCCCACGUAUACAUACCCACAAGGACACUUUAAGAUAUAUAUGACGAAGUCAGGGUUACACGUAUAGUAAUCCUUGACGAAAAAUUUCUUACCAGACCGAGGGUGAACAAGAUACUCCCCCUUGAUCACACUGCUGCAGUGGCAUGUAAAUGUAUUGGGCAGACUAGAUGGGCCGAAUGGUUCUUAUCUGCCGUCACAUUCUAUGUUUCUAUGUUGCCUUUCUUCGGUUCAGAAAAUAACCUAGUAUGUUUCUUCGAGCUGCCAAUGUCUGACUAAACUAAGAUAUCCUUAAAACUAGGAGCCCUUUGAUACGAAAAAAGUGGGUUUUGAAAUACCGGGGGUAAUUGAAAGUCACCCUCAAAAAGUAUGUGGUGAUACAAAGGCUAUCCUCUCUGUUUUAUUGACUGUUCUCGACCCAAAAAGAGUUUCCUGACGAGUGAAAUUUUAAACUUUUUGUCCCUGAUUAAGAACUAUGUGUUGGAUAAUCCCUUUCCAUAAAUUUUUGUGCCAUAAAGUCUAAUCCUGUUAGAUUACCUUUUCUUCUUGUGAUACAAUCCUUUUCAUCCUUAACAAUUGGCUAUAGGGUAAGCCAUUCUUAAGGUGGAUCGGAUGAAAGCUGGCAUACGUCAGUAAGUUGUUACGGUCAGUAGGUUUUAUGUAUAGGUCACUAUGGAGUCGGUCAUGUACUCUUUGUACUUGGACAUCUAAAAAAAGGGACCGUUACCAUGUCACAAUACAUGGUAAACUUGAUAUCGGGAUCUUGUGUAUUCAGUGAAUCAUGGAACUCCUGUAGCUGGGCCCUAGUGCCGCCCCAACAUACGAACAUGUUGUCUAUAUACCGUUUCCAAACUAAACAUUUGGUAAAUAGAGGAUGUUGGUAGAUGUACAUCUCUUCCAUAUGAUUCAUGUAAAUCAUCCCUUAAUUAUGUUUCAAUUUCCUUUAUGUAAUAAGUGAGGCCCAUAAUAACUAGCGCACCCCCCUUAUCCGCUGGUUUAAUUAUAAUAGAUGUAUCUCCCUUCAAGUUAUUAAUGGUAGACCAAUCUUGUUUAGUGAAGUUAACAGUUUCUCUAUUACUUCUAUGUGUCUGUUGGUGUUUCUUUCUAAGUUUAUAGACAUCUCUUUUCACUAAAUUUGUAAAUAUAUCUAUGGAUGCAUUAAUGUUUCGGGGGAGGGGGGUUCAAACCUGCAGAUCAUGGACCAAAUGCGGAUCAAUCUGAGAGGCAUUGGACACCACACCUUCUAUGUUCUCUUCCUCUUGAUGAUGGUCUGUCUGUAUUAACUGAGUGUUCCUAUUACUUGGGGUCAGCUGCUGUGCCAAGGUUAUGUUGAUCUGUAGAAAAAAAUGCACGUAAUUUCAAUUGGAGAAAAAAAUUGUACAUCUCAUAUCGUAUUGAUGUCAUUCCACAUUAGGGGUAGGGAUGAAGGAGAGUCCCUUGUUCAGAGUCUCUUCCUCUUGUGUAGUUAAUUACCUACCUGAGAUAUUGUGUAUUCGGGAUCCGGUCUGGAUAGGGGAGGUUUGCCUUCCUUUCUCUCCUGUGUACCUCUUGUUGUGACCCCCCCUCCUGAUGAUUCUUCGUAUUUUUAAAAAAGUGGUCCCCGUUAAUGAGGAGGCAGAGGAGGAGGAUGUAACUCCUUCCGUGUCUGAACGCCAUCUUUGUGUUUGUAUGUCUCUAUUCUGUCUGUUGUCUGUCCUGGAGUACCAGGUAUAGACCUGAUCUCUCUGAUAGUCCAACUCGUGUCUAUGAAAUUUUUUUCUUUUUGAACUCUUCUGUCUCCCUCUGGUAUUCUUUCAACUUUUCUUCAAUCUGAGUUUUAAGAGUUUCUAAGUCACUUUGAGCUGUCACAGCUGCCAACUCCUGUUCCACUGUUGCUAUUUACUUAAUUAAUUUGACCAAUUCUUUUUGUAGGGACUCAGUGGUUAAUACCAUAAGAUCUACUGAGCACUUAUUUAAAAUCUUGUACCAAAUGGUGCGAUGUUCUACGUUAUCCUUACAAAGUGUGGUUCCUCACUGUCAAUUGUCCUGUAUGGUAUGAACAAUAAAGUUUUUUCAAUCACAUGUGACGCAUGCUGACGUCACCACGACAAGGCGGAAUUAGGGAUAUUUAAAUUCAGCCUUCUCGUCUGUCAAAUUGCAGGGGCCUUCCAAGGGACAUAGACGUCCCGAGCGCGCAACCCGUUAGCUGCCGAUCAGCUGACUUAUCUCACGAUUGUUUGCUGCCGAUCAGCUGAUUCACCUAAUAGGAGGACUUUACUGCAUCACGAACAGACACAGGAGGACUCUCUUCUCUACUGCUCCAAUGAUUUAUCCCCUCUACAAUCAGGGAAUACCCUCUAUAUUACUACAGUCAGGACUGUAAUUAGUUGUAAAUAGCAUUAGUAUAUAUCAUGAACUUGUACUUUGUGUAUAAUAUAUGAAUUCAUGAAGGGAUCGCUAGUGGUUGUAAAUAGGAUCUGUAUAUAUUAUGAAUUCUUUCUAUGUGUAUGAUAUAUGAAUUUAAGAUAGGAUCACCAAUUGCCUUUAGUAGCCUUUUCCUCCAAUUAAUUAUACUGAGUCAGUGAACAAUAAAUACAUUUUCGCAUACUUAUUUAUGAAUUGUUCUUAGUGCGCAUAAUAAAUGCAUUGAGUGCAGUAUUUAUGUUCAAAGUGUUAUAUAAAAAACAUCCCUUUUUGUCUCAUUAGAUAUAUCUUUGCCAAACGCUCAAGGAAGCAAGGUAAAUCGUUAGUUAGGACCCACCUAAGUGGUCUUGACGUGGCAGGUGGGCAUACCCUCUCAUGGCCAUUGGUGGUAACUAAAAACCUCCAUUUGUUUAAAUAUACAUAGGGAUUUUGGAAAAGGUGCAGGUAACUUUUUCCUUUGGUUUUUACUGUAUGUAUUUGAGCUGAUGUCUACUAUGGUCGUUGCCCAGGAGUUAUGGGAGUUUGAGCGCGGGACUUGUUUUUUUGUAUAUGUAUAUAUCAAACCUGUCUAUAUCAUCGUAUUGAAAUAGCCCCAACUCAUAAGUAUAAAAUUGUAACUGUAGUAUCCUUACUAACCAAUAGGGGCAUCUGACAACCAGGCCAAUCGGCUAAAAUUUGUGAACAGUCUCAUGCCAGCAACAUACUGCCGAACUGGGAGGAAUGCCCUGUAUAGAAUACCUGUUUAAACCUAAUCAUUCGUAUGUUUAGCCAACUUGAAACAAAUUCGUAUGAAAAUGGCUUAAUGAAACAAAUGUACAGUGUAGUGAACAAAGAAACGAAUGGCUGCGUUCGUGCAUUUAAAUUAUGAAAGACAUAUAUAUUAAAGCUGUUAUUAAAUCAACCGAAAAUUGUGCCGAACCGACCCCUACCGCGAUGGCGUGUAACGAUUGCAACCGCCUUACGGUAAGGAUCUUGACUUACGGUUUAGAACCACUAGCCGUGCCGAGAAGCCGGAAGGAGGCCGUGGGUUUACGAACUGUUUGGUAAGCGUAGAACAGGAGCCAGGACCACAAGGAAAGCAGGUAAGAGAAACAAGAUGGCUGUCUGACCGGAAGUAAUGCUCUGACUCACCAGACCAUCAACGGUAAGAUGUUAGAGGAUUGGCAGCCCUUUAAAAGGGAAUUCAAGUUUUUAUUAGUGUAUGUGCAUAUUCAUUCUGCCAUUGAAUUGCUGGGUGGUUUCCCCAAUGUAGCAUUCUAGGUGGCAUUUGGUGCAUUGCAUCAUGUAGACCACAUUGCUGGAUGUGCAGGAGUAUGAACCUUUAAUGCUGUAAGUUUUAUUGUUGUGUGUGGCUGUGUUGUCUGUGCAUAUGUGCUGACACAGUUUGCAGCGAGGUUUUUUACAUUGACUGGUCCCAUUUUCUUUAUUCUUCCCAUCAGUGAACCGCUACCUGUUAAUUAAUUUUUGUUGGCGGUUUGGUGGUUGUCUGAAGGCCAAAAUGGGUGUUUCGGAGAAAAUGUUUUUCAUAGUCUCAUCUUCUGUUAACAUUGGUUGUAGGUCUCUGAUGAUUUAUUUUCUAAAGAGCUGGGUUGUAGGUGACCACAAGUGUAGAUAUUUAUUUUUCUCUCUGUACUGUAGCAGGUGCGUGCGUGGAGUUUUUACAGUAGGGUUGGUUUGUUUGGUAAUAGUCUUAGGCUACAAACCAAUCUCAUAGAUUGGAAGGGUACCUUUAGAUAGGAAUUACGGUCAUUAAGAUCAGAGCAUAUGCAAUGGUACCUAGUGGUUUGGCUGUAGGUGAUGCCCUGUUUAGUAUGGGAGGGGUGGACGCUGGAGCUGUGAAGGUAACUGCAUCUGACUCUGGGUUUUCUGUAAAACGAGGUGUGGCUGUCACAGUGGUGUCCAGAAAAUUCACAGAUCUAGUGGAAUAUUCCAUUUUUAGUUUGGAUGGAAUGUGUUAAAAGUCAUCAGUUUUUCUUUGCUUUCAGUCCAAAUUAUGAAGAUAUCGAUAUAGCAAUAAUAUUUGUAUGGUUUGGUGUGCAGUAUUUCUAGGAAUCACUGUUCAAGAUCUGCCAUAAACAGAUUAACAUAUUGGGGGGUCUCAUAAUUCUACCUUACACAUGGAUUCCUUGGAGUUUGUGUCUGAUGCAUACAACAGCUUUGAAGCACAACUCAGGAAGAGGUGCAGUGCCAGUGAACCACUCUUGGACAGCUGUUUCGUUAUUUCAACUCAUCAGCAUGAGAUAGGUUACUGGCUUGCUAUACAGGCUUUGCAUUAAUUGUUAGCAGACAUAUACUCCAAGGAAUCCAUUUAUAAAGUGGAAUUGAGGCAAAAAUUUGGUUCUUUGUUGAGUUCAUUUGCAUACGCCUACCCAGAAUCCUUUUCAGUAGUGAGAGCACUGUUAAAGUGAGAUUUCUGUGGUAAAAGCAAGUCAUAUGGCUUGCCUGGUGUGUGUAUUUGUGUUUAACAUUGCAUUAACUAUAUAUAUCUCAUUCCUGGGCUUACCCUGAUCUUUUUCCCUGGAGUUCCAAUUAUCUUGACAAAAUUUCAAUCCUAAUUUAUGGUUACUAUUUAUUUAUAUUUUUUUUUAUUUUUUUUUUAAAGCUUUCAACUAUCACUCUACCGGAGGAGCAUAGUUAUGCUACGUUCUUGGUGGAAAGGAAAUCCUCAAUGGAGACGAUAAAUGAAGUAACAUUGGAAAGCAUUGUCGCAGUAAAAGUAGAAGAUGAUCUAUGCGAAGAAAGUGCAGAAGAAACACGAGAGUUUAACCUACAGUCUUGGGGAUGAGGUCCUGUUUUAUAACAUUAGUUUGCUUGGGAGAAAAACAAUGGAGCCUGACUUUUCUCUUUAAAAAAAAAAAAAUACAUAGCAAGUUCCGUCCAUGAGAAUGACGUCCACGGGGGGGCCCGUCAUGAAGAAUGACGUCCACGGGGGGGGCCCGUCAUGGAGAAUGACGUCCACGGGGGGGGGGGCCCCGUCAUGGAUAAUGACAUGACGUUUUGAGAAAGGCUUGUUGAAGGUGAAAUGCGUCUGUUUUUUAUUUAUUGUGUAUCUUAUACUGUUGUAUUUUAUUUCUAAUAAAGUUUUUAAAUAAUUUUAUAUUUCAAUAUUAAAAAAACCUAAAACACA